CUGAUCGAUUCCAUCAUCCCGCUGAAACCUUGAUUAAACCCAUUCCACCCAAUCUUAUAAAUAACCCCACUUCCCCCUCCCCCUCCUCUUCUCUUCUCUUCUCUUCUUUUUAGAUUAGACUACCAGUCAAUACCGCCACCAUUUCCUCCAUCUUCACCCGUCUCUUCGGCUCUUUUGCCGCUCCUUCUCCCACCAUGUCCGCCGCUGCUAAGACUAAGGCCCAGACCUUGAUUAAUGAGAAUGGCGUUGUCGUCUUCUCCAAAUCCUACUGCCCCUACUGCCAAGCAAGCAAGAACUUGCUGAAUGAGCUCGGCGCGAAGUACACUGCUCUUGAGUUGGAUCAGCUGCCCGACGGAGCCGACCUCCAGGACGCCCUCCAGGAAAUCUCCAACCAGCGCACCGUCCCCAACAUCUUCAUUAGCCAGAAGCACAUUGGUGGUAACUCGGACUUGCAGAGCAAGAAGGGUGCGGAGCUGAAGGGGUUGUUGGAGGCUGCUGGUGCUUUGUAGAUUCCAUCCCAUCUAUGAUUUGUCUGCGAAGCAGUGAUAGGGGAGUAAUGAUAGAUAAUUGAUUGGUGCUAUCAGAUCAGAUCAGAUCAUAUAUAAUACAUACAUACAUAC